UUAAAAAUGGCUGUUUCGUUCGAAUAUAUAAGCUAAUUGGUUCAAUUCAGAAGCAGAAUCAUCUCAAACGCCAUGAACGGUAUGAUCAUCUUCGCUCUUGCGGCCCUCCAGCUCGCUGCUGGUUGCGUCUACCAAGGCACCGAUGCCGGUUACGCCAACGACGCCACCUACUUCAACGGAGUCGCCAACGGCCUCAACACAGUCUCCAACGACUUCAACGGAGUAGCCACCGGAUUCAACGGAGUAGCCACCGGAUUCAACGGAGUAGCCACCGGAUUCAACGGAGUUGCCACCGGAUUCAACGGAGUUGCCACCGGAUUCAACGGAGUUGCCACCGGCUUCGACGGAGUUGCCACCGACUUGAACGGAGUCUCUACUGGAUUCGUUAACGCCGCUCCCGCCACCGACGCCGUCGACUACGUCGCAGGCAACAACCUCGAUGGUGUUGCAUCUGGUUUCGUCGACAACGCCGCCGGAUACUACAACGCUCCCACCACUUGCCUUACCCACAGAUUGGAACAGGUCGUCCGUCCCGUCGUCGACGAAUGCGUCCGUCACGUUCCCGUCGUCAGGAAAACCGUCAGGCACCAAGAAGAGCAAUUCACCCGCCACGUUCCCGUGGUUGAAAAGACUGUCUCCCAACAAGAAGAGAAAUUCGUCCGUCACGUCCCAGUCGUCCAGAAAUACACCCGCCCCGUCGUUGAGACCCGCACCCACCACGUUCCCGUAGUCAAGCACAGGACCAAGACCGUCGUCGAACCUUACACCGACCACGUCCCAGUCACUGAGAAAUACACCAGGCCCGUCGAAGAAACCGUCGUCCGCACUGUCCCCGUCGUCGAAAGGAGGACCAAGCCCGUCGUCCAUCAACACGUCCGUCACGUCCCCGUCACCGAGAGGAGGUCCAGGCCCGUCGUCGAAUCCCACGUCACCACCGUCCCCGUCAAGCAACGCUUCGUCAAGAACCUCGUUGAACAACGCGUCCGUUCAAGCUCUAACCCUUGUGCUCCCUGCCCUCCCGGCUUCUACUCUGGAGUUGAAGGAUACGCACCAGCUUCCUACGCCACCUCCUCUUUCGCCGCCCCCGCACUCGGAGACGUUUACACCGGAUCUUUCGCCGGACACGCCACCGAGACCCUCCCCGCCACCUACAACACCCACGCCACUUGCUAAGCAGAAGAAAACGGACCAGAGAAGUUUUUAUAAUUUUUUAUAGAUGUUUUAUAUAAUAAAUUCCGCAUAUUUUAAUUAAAA